GUUUUUCUGCAUGCUUUGAUUCCCUUUUUGUAGAUUUAUGAUUCAGCCUUUUUUUCUUUGAUCUAAGCUUCUUCUUCACUCUUCCUUGUCCUUUUACUCACCGUUGAUACCAAAAACAUCCUCGAAAUGGAGCAAGAUUUGCUAUUUCCGAUCACUUGCACCCAGCACAAUACCCUGACAAAAAUGCUCAGAAAAGAUUCUUCCAAGCCCACGAAAGUUGUUCGGGUAUCGGUGACGGACCCUGACGCAACGGAUUCUUCAAGCGACGACGAAGACGAUUUCUAUUGUCGUCGGCGGAGAGUGAAACGCUACGUCAAUGAGAUCAGCAUCGAGUCCGCCGUUUCCAAAACCACCGUUCCCGGUAAUACCCGGAAAAGGAAAGCAGCAGCCGUCGAUGUCUCGGGGCCCAACCGUAGACCACCCAAGCUUUCUUCAUCGAACGGGAACGGGAGGAAGUUCAGAGGUGUACGACAACGACCGUGGGGGAAAUGGGCGGCAGAGAUUCGAGAUCCCGCUCGACGCGUACGGCUGUGGUUGGGUACUUACAACACUGCUGAAGAAGCUGCCUUGGUUUACGAUAAUGCAGCAAUCAAACUUCGAGGACCAAACGCUUUAACCAACUUCAUUACUCCUCCAACUGAAGAUAUUACCGGAAAUCCAGAAAACAUCGACAAGCCAUCGGUUUCCUGGUACCAAUCGGGAGACGACUCACCUCGCAACCUUUCGUCUCCGACUUCAGUCUUCAACUUUCAAACUCAAUCGAGUGAAGAAGAAACAUCGGUGGAACCCGAAAGACCUGGUCAUGAACUUCAAGAGGAAGAAAGUAAACCGUCGCCGCCGGUUCAAGAACCGGCAACCAGUGAUUGUGGAGAUCAUUUGCCUCUCGAUUUCCCUUUCCUCGAUGAGUUCUUCAAUGAUCCAGUUCCGGUAUUGCCACUCUUUGAUGAUAGUUCAUCGAUUUUGUCAGACAGUAAAGUGUUCGAUGACAUUUUACUCGAUACGUCUCUAGAGUUUGAGUGCUACUCCUCGCCUUCAUCUACGUCGUCUAUUUCUAGAGGGGAUGAUCAAGUGGACGAUUAUUUUGAAGAAAUUGAUGAUCUAUUCUUGUUAGAUCCUCUUGUAUCGAGUGUUUAGCUUUCCUUUUGUUUUUUUUUUCCCGAGCUGUUGUCGUCGGUGAGUGGUCGCCGGCAGUUUUGUUCGACGGCGACGACUAAUGAGCUGUUUUUUCAAACGUUGUAAUACCUUUAUAUGUUUAAUUCCUCCGUUAAAAUAAACGGACAGUUGAGUGGGAUUUUGAUGGGUAAAAGAGUGUAUGUACUACAGUUUUGACGGAGAAAUUGC